CAUCAUUGAGUAUAGGGUUCAGCUAAAAACAACAAUCUGGCUCACAGUUGAGCACAAAGAAUCCAAUAAAUAUUAAUGGAUUAACUUUCAGGUACCUCAGUCUUGGCUUGCCUGGAAGAUUUCUCCUCCUUAAUCUAUUUAUUCUCUUUCUUUUUGGCAUCCACUUCAUUAUUUAAAUGGGCAAUUUCGGGUUAAGCAGUUCUGGAUAGCAGUUACUUUCCUGUGCCCGUUCUGGAACCUCUCUCGCCUUUUUGCUGUGCAAGGAAGCCCAAAUCUCAGCCAUCAUCGUCACUAAAGUUACACCAAGGGUCUUCUUAAGAAGGACCGUUUUCUGUAAGAAUUUCUAUGCAAGUGAACUGGGGAAGGCUUUAAAGAUACCGGAAGUGGCACACGUUUCUCCCAAACAAUUCAACGCUGUGUAAAUCACAGAAAUUCCGGGAAGGACUAACGACGUCCGUGGAUUAUUUUGAGGCUCCUGGGCACACAGGGCACACUGGGUUUACCGUCCCCGGCCCCGACGGCCACCACAGGUGUGAAGCCCGCCCGGAUAGGCAGCGCUUGCUGUCCCCGCAGAGCCGGCGAGGGGGCGGGGCCUGCCUCACGUCACCGCUGUCGUAGCCGCCGGACCGGGUCUCCGCGGCCGCCGAACGGGGGUACUGGGGGCCAGGGUGAGCGCCAAGAUGGCCGCCCCGGCUCGGGAUGGCACUCACCGCAACCUCCACCUCCCAGGUUCAAGCGAUUCUCCUGCCUCAGCCUCCCGAGUAGCUGGGAUUACAGUUUUCAGAUGCUUCAAAUGUGGUGAACACAGACUUGUUCGGAUUAUGCGUUUCUCAGCUAGGCUAAAUAAAUGCUAACAAUGGAUACGUGCAAACAUGUUGGGCAGUUGCAGCUUGCUCAAGACCACUCCAUCCUCGACCCUCAGAAAUGGCACUGCAUGGACUGCAACACGACCGAGUCCAUUUGGGCUUGCCUUAGCUGCUCCCAUGUUGCCUGCGGAAGAUACAUUGAAGAGCAUGCACUCAAGCACUUUCAGGAAAGCAGUCAUCCUGUUGCACUGGAGGUGAAUGAGAUGUAUGUUUUUUGUUACCUUUGUGAUGAUUAUGUUCUUAAUGAUAAUGCAACUGGAGACCUGAAGUUAUUGCGAAGUACAUUAAGUGCAAUCAAAAGUCAAAAUUAUCACUGCACAACUCACAGUGGACGGGUUUUACGGUCCAUGGGUACAGGUGAUGAUUCUUAUUUCCUACACGAUGAUGCCCAAUCUCUGCUUCAAAAUGAAGAUCAAAUGUAUGCUGCUCUUUGGCACAGGAGAAGGAUCCUAAUGGGUAAAAUCUUUCGAACAUGGCUUGAACAAUCACCCAUUGGAAGAAAAAGGCAAGAAGAACAAUUUCAGGAAAAAAUAGUAGUAAAAAGAGAAGUAAAGAAAAGACAGCAAGAAUUAGAGUAUCAGGUUAAAGCAGAAUUUGAAAGUAUGCCUCCAAGAAAGAGUGUACGUUUACAAGGGCUUGCUCAGUCAACCGUAAUAGAAAUAGUUCCUCUUGAGGGGCCAGCACAGAAUCCAGCAUCACCAGCAAAAGAGAAAGUAGUCUCUACCUCAGAAGAUGAAAGAUCUGAAAAAGCCAGUGACUCCUCAGUUAAACGAAGGCCAAUAGUGACUCCUGGUGUAACAGGAUUGAGAAAUUUGGGAAACACUUGCUAUAUGAAUUCUGUUCUUCAGGUGUUGAGUCAUUUACUUAUUUUUCGGCAAUGUUUUUUAAAGCUUGAUCUGAAUCAAUGGCUGGCUGUGACUACUAGUGAGAAGACAAGAUCUUAUAAGCAUCCACCAGUCACUGAUACAGUAGUAUAUCAAAUGGAUGAAUGUCAAGAAAAAGAUGCAGGUUUUGUUCGCUCUAGACAUUCAAGUUUGUCAUCAGGACUCAGUGGUGGAGCAUCAAAAGGUAGAAAGAUGGAACUUAUUCAGCCAAGGGAGCCAACUUCACAGUACAUUUCUCUUUGUCAUGAAUUGCAUACUUUGUUCCAAGUCAUGUGGUCUGGAAAGUGGGCCUUGGUCUCACCAUUUGCUAUGCUACACUCGGUGUGGAGACUCAUUCCUGCCUUUCGGGGUUAUGCCCAACAAGAUGCUCAAGAAUUUCUUUGUGAACUUUUAGAUAAAAUACAACAUGAAUUAGAGACAACUGGUACCAGUUUACCGGCUCUUAUCCCCACUUCUCAAAGGAAACUUAUCAAACAAGUUCUGAAUGUUGUAAAUAACAUUUUUCAUGGACAACUUCUUAGUCAGGUUACAUGUCUUGCAUGUGACAACAAAUCAAAUACCAUAGAACCUUUCUGGGACUUGUCAUUGGAGUUUCCAGAACGAUAUCAAUGCAGUGGAAAAGAUACUGCUUCCCAGCCAUGUCUGGUUACUGAAAUGUUGGCCAAAUUUACAGAAACUGAAGCUUUAGAAGGAAAAAUCUACGUAUGUGACCAGUGUAACUCAAAGCGUAGAAGGUUUUCCUCCAAACCAGUUGUACUCACAGAAGCCCAAAAACAACUCAUGAUAUGCCACCUACCUCAGGUUCUCAGGCUGCACCUCAAACGAUUCAGGUGGUCAGGACGCAGUAACAGAGAGAAGAUUGGUGUUCAUGUUGUCUUUGAGGAAAUCUUAAACAUGGAGCCCUAUUGCUGCAGGGAGACCCUGAAAUCCCUCAGACCGGAAUGCUUUAUCUAUGACUUAUCUGCGGUGGUGAUGCACCAUGGGAAAGGAUUUGGCUCAGGGCACUACACUGCCUACUGCUAUAAUUCUGAAGGAGGGUUCUGGGUACACUGCAAUGAUUCCAAGCUAAGCAUGUGCACUAUGGAUGAAGUAUGCAAGGCCCAAGCUUAUAUCUUGUUUUAUACCCAACGAGUUGCUGAGAAUGGACAUUCUAAACUUUUGCCUCCAGAGCUCCUGUCCGGGAGCCAACAUCCCAAUGAAGAAGCUGAUACUUCUUCUAAUGAAAUCCUUAGCUGAUCCAAAGACAUUGGGGCUUUCUGUGAUUUAUAUAUAUUCUUUUAAAAAGGGCUGUUGUACCAUUUUAAGCUUAUUUUUUUCUUAUGAAUCAGUGCACACUACAUUUAUACAUUUUGUAACUAACUACAACAAAACUUUUUUUCCCCCAAAGUAUAAAUAUGUGUAUAUCAACUGAAGGUAACUAUAUUUUUUUCAAAUACUUGGAGUUUUAAACUUUUGGUGUUUACCUCAGACUGAUGUUAACUCUUUCAUAUUUUUAUGUCUUAAUGGACUCAGAUUAUGAAUUUGUGCAGUCUUCUACCAACGAAGUUCAGAUGGCAUCAUUUUGUAUACACUUAUCUUUUUCAGCUAUUUUGUAUACAAAUUAAUAGAUGGAAAAUUAGACUCUA